AUGGCUCCCGUCUCUAAAUCCGCUGACGCAGAGGCAGACCUGCUCGCCGCGCUCGACCGGCCGGCCCUCCUCGAGCUGGCCGCGCUCCUCCGCCUCGAUCCUUCCGCCCUGUCCUCCCCCAAUGCGACGGCCGUCCUGCCCCAAGCCUGGCUGGACGCCCAACGGUCCGCUAUCAACAGCAGGACCUUUCCAAAGGAGUUGCUGGCGCCGUCGCACAGCAGCAGCAGCAAGGGCAGCAGUACCAGCGGCAGCAUCACCCGCGCUCUCACUCACCUCUUGCGCCCGGGCGCCGCCGAGACCGCCAACAAAACCCCCCAACCCCCCACCGUUCUCUGCCCAUCCCACGCCGGCCUCGACCCGGCCCUGAUCCACCACGUGCUCGCCCUCCUGCAGACCGAGGUCUCGGUCCGCACCGACAUCCUGCGCGCCUACGUCCGGCGCGUCCGCCUGCCCGCCUCCGACCCUCACCUCGCCCGCCUCCGCGAGCUCGCGUCCACCCUCACGGGCCUCGCGACGCUGUGGCUCGCGCCGGCAGAGUUUGAGGCGCACUACGGCCGCGGCGUCGCCGCGCACCACCGCUUCGAGCGCGUGCGGCCGCCGCUAGGCGGCAGCGGCAGCGGUAGCGGCGGGUGCGCCGCGUGCGUGCUGGCCGUCGUGGGCGGGCGGCGCGAGGCGCUCGUGGCGCUGCGGGCGAACGCGCUGGGGCGGGCGAAGGGGCGGGUGCCGCGGUUGGCUGCGAUGGUGGAGGCGUGGAUCGCUGUGUUUUUGCCGCCGUAUUCUUCGUUGUCGUCGGGGUUGGGUUUCCAGCGGGGCGGGGGUGGGUUGGCCGUCGUGGAGGAUAUGAAGGGGGAGAGCGAGGUGUUGGCCGGCGAGGUCAGGGGGGUGAGGGAGUUGAUGCACCAGAGGAAGGUGGAGCGGAGGCAGAGGAAGGGGGAGAGCAAGAAGGAUGGGGAGGAGGAGGGGAGGAGCAGGCAUCGCGGUGGGUUGCCCCGCGGGACGAAGGUGGUGGAUGGCAUGCCGCUGCCGAACGUUAAGUUUGAUGUGCGCGUUGACCGGCAUGGCCAGGACGCAAGCAGCAGCAAGGACUACCCCGUCGGCGGCGCGGACGGGGCCGAGGACAAGGACCCCAUUGCGUCGCUCAUCAACGAAUACGCCAACCACCGGAUCUCGACCUCCCGCACUGACCAUAACAACAACGACAACUACGCACCCCCCGCAGCAGCCGGAUCAAUCUGGUCCUCCUCCAUCUCCUCCUCCUCCUCCUACUCGUCGUCCCUACCCUCUCGCGCAACCGACACCAAAUCCGUCCUCGACUCAACGGGCACUUUCAUCCCCGGGCGCACGUACUGGCCUCGCAGCCGCAACAUCACCGCCACCGCCGCCGCCGCCGCCUCUAUUUCCGCCAAAAACCCCUUUACCGCCACAGCCGAGAGCGUGUACGACGACAAUGACGACGGCGCAAGCGCCUCCUACCGCAGCACCUACCGCGCCGCCUCCCCGCCGCGGCACACCCGCACCCGCUCCCGCACCCAGGGCACCGGGCGCCGCCGUGCCGCCGGCACGGGUUCUGCUGCUGGUCCGGCAGGAGGAGGUGGUGGCGGCGGCGCCGCGAGUGACGACAACAACGAGACGGUGCGUAUCUUCCUCGACCGCGACCUGGCUCAGGCUCGGGCGCAAGCUCAGGCUCAGGCGCGGGCUCAGGCUCAAAAUCAGGCGCAGGCUCAGGAUCAGGCUGCCUCGCGGCGACAGGCGGCGGGGCGAAGGCAGACGCGGCAGUCAGUGGACACGAACUGGGGGGAUUUUUACCGCGGUGCGUGA